AUGUCACUAACCGAUUCAAACUUGUCCACCACUAAUAUAGAGCUGCAUUCUAUGACCAAUGUUAUUGAAAAAGUAAGGAAUGAUGAUAAAUCUACAUAUUUAACAACAUCAGCACCGACAAUGGAACAGCAAGCAACAUUUGAAACUAAGAAAAAGGAAUCCAUACCAAAGAAGAGACACCUUGACGAAGUAGAUGGAAACGAUUUUGCAACACGUGCUUUGGAAGAUGAUUUACAGCAACCACCCCUCAAAAGCGCAUCGACAUCUCCGUUUCUUUCACUGAGAACCUUAUUCAACAGACAAGGAUUAGGAUUCGGCUAUAAAAAAAUUAGUCCCACUGAACUCAACAAUAAUUUGCUGGGAUUCAGUGAACCUGUUUUUGAUAAGCCGCCUCCUAAGCAUAUUGGGUUCUUGGACUGGCAGAGACUCGAGCAUGCCACGAAAUCGUUGCAAAAAAAUCUACACUACGUGCUAAGCCUGGCCCCUAAUUACAAUGAGUUGAAGCAUUUGAUGAAUUCGGAUGAGUUGGACAAUAAUAUGCGAAGCGAAUUGCAGCAAGGUGGCGAUUUGAUCACAUUGGCAUCGAAAUUGAAAUCCAAGUAUCAAAUGAAAGGGUUGGGAAUAUUUGACGAUUUCUUGAACGGAGAGAUUGAGUUUACAAAGGAGGAGUUGGAGAUAUUGGAUAAUUUGGAUAAGAAAUUGGUUGCAACAAGUAAUUUACAAAUAGGAAUUGCCGAUAAAUCACAGCAGCAGCAACAACAACAACAACAACAACAACAACAACAACAACAACAACAACAACAACAACAACAACAACAACAACGACAACAACAACAACAACAACAACAACAACAACAACGACAACAACAACAACAACAACAACAACAACAACAACAACCGCAAAAACAGCAACAGCAAGAGCUGAAACAGCAACAAAAACAAGAACAGAAACAAGAACAAAAAUAUGAGGCUCUGCUUUCACCACUGGUGUCCCCUCAGGCGUCGCAAUCGCCUAGUGAUGUCUCACCUACAGGUAUCAAGAAUGAUUUACCAACACUCCCGGUAAUCCGAGAUUCUGCAUUGUACGAAAAAGUGUUUGUGCACAAAUCUACAGUAAAUAAUCGAACAUACCUUGGCUCUGAUGCAUUGAUCCACAAACAUAAUGAGAGGUUGGAAUUUUAUGGAGACUCUAUUCUCAACAAUUUAAUCACCAUUAUUAUAUACAACAAAUUCCCCAACAACACCGAAGGUGAAUUAUCGAAGAUACGUGCUGCCAUGAUCAAUAAUCGCGUGUUGAAAGAAAUUGCUGUUGAUUAUGGAUUUGAUAAGAAAUUGAGAACGAGAAUCGAUCAAGAUGUAUUGAACUUGGGAGAGCAGAAAAUUUAUGCCGAUGUGUUUGAGGCGUAUAUCGGAGCAUUGGGGCUUGAGCGACAAUUUGAUUUGAAGGAAGUGAAAGAUUGGCUCGAAAUCUUGUAUGCAAAGAGGAUUGCUGAUCUCCAAAGAGAGUACAUCAAAGAUCCAUUGGAUAGGGAUGCCAAGGCCGAACUUUAUUCUAUGAUUGGUACUGGUGACUUGCAUCCUACAUACAAAGUCCAUUCUGCUGGCGAUGGUAUCCACACAGAUUAUGUUGUAGAUUGUUUUAUGAAUCGGGAAUUUUUAGGUCGCGGUAUUGCCGUAAAUCAAAAAGAAGCUAGUUUAAGAGCUGCAAUGAAUGCAUUAAAGAAUACUGCCGUGUUGGAGAAAUAUGUGAUUGAGCGCAAGAAAAUUGAGAAACCAGUGCGCUUAUUGCGAAAGGAGAGAUUGGAAUUGAAGCGCUUGGAAAAACAGAGGAAAUUGGAGGCUGAAUUGGAAGGCGAAGAUGGCGAAGAAAGCGAAUUGUUUGUUCCCGAUUCUCCGAUACACACGUCAAUGUUUCCCAUAAAAGUCGAUUAUGAUGAUGAGUUGGAACAUGAUGUGAAGAACUCGUUGUACGCUUUAAUUGGUAAGGAGACUGGUACAAAGCCGGAGUAUGUUGUUGCAGCAACGGAGAAUAAUAAACACACUGUGCAAUUGAGGAUCCGCAACUUGAAUGUUGCCACUGCGUGUGAUACUUCGAAAAGGAAAGCUAUGUCUAGAUGCGCCAAUGCUAUUUGGAAGGAUAAAGCAGCCUUGAAGGAGUUGUGUAAGAGAUUCGAACCUCCAAAGAGAUAG